AUGUUUGAGGACGACUUUGUUAGUGUUGAUUUAAGUUUCCCCGCUAAAGACACAAUGUCAGAGAACAGUAGUGAGAAGAAAAAGAGUCCCAUUUUGUUUGAAAAGGUUGUAUACUACUUUAGGGAAUAUUGUAAUGCGACUAGUAUACAUGGUUUCAGAUAUUUUGGAGAAUCUAGAACUGUUUAUGAAAAAAUAUGGUGGUUUAUCGUGUUUACGAUCUGUUUACUCAUGUGCGUGUUUUCAAUUAUUUCCGUGUACAGAAAAUGGGAUCAGAGUCCAGUCAUCGUUACAUUUGCUACAAGAGGAAAACCCAUAUGCGAUAUUCCCUUUCCGUCAAUAACUGUGUGUUCUGAGUCAAAAGUAAAGUACAGCGUUUUUGAUUAUAGAAACGCAUUUUUGAGAAAAAAAGAAGGCGAGGAUUUGACUGAAAUGGAAGAAAAUUAUCUUAGCGUUUUGUCAUAUAUGUGUAAAGAACAGAGAGGCUUUAAUUAUUCGUCUUUAACUCAUGCCAAUUCAGACAAUUUUUUAGAUAUAUUAGCUGAAGUUAGUCCAGAAUUUUCUAUUAUUAAUUGUAGACUCCGAGCAAAAUCUUAUCCUUGUAAGAAACUUUUUACACCUAUUGUAACAGACGAGGGUAUUUGUUACACCUUCAACAUGUUAGACCGUAGAGAACUGUUUCAUGAGAAUGUUGUGCAUCACAAACAUUUUCAUGACAUUAAUGAAACAUCAGAAGAAUGGAGCAUAGAGGAUGGAUACAGAGACACUGCCGACAUUUUAACUUACCCACAGCGUGCACUUUUAGCAGGGGCACGGUAUGGUUUAAAAUUUGAAUUGAAAACUGAAAACGAAAAACUGGAUACUCUGUGCAGAGGCUCAGUUGAAGGUUAUAGAAUACUAUUUCACACACCUCUCCGAUUUCCUCGCCCAAGCCAGCAAUAUAUUCGCAUACCUUACAACCGAGCUGUUAGUACUACUAUCACUCCAACUCAGAUUAUGACGUCAGAUGCUGUUAAAAAUUAUCCAGCUCAGAAAAGGCAGUGUUAUUUUCCGCGCGAGAAAAAGUUAAAAUAUUUUAACAUUUACAGUCAAAGCCACUGCGAAAUAGAGUGUCUCACAAAUUUUACAUUGCUAUCGUGUCAGUGUGUACUGUUUCAUAUGCCUAGAGAAAAUAGUACCCGAAUAUGUACUGCAACGGACUAUUAUUGUGCCCAAACAGCUGAAUUUAGGAUCCAACAGAUAAGACUAUACAACAGGAUUAAGAAGAGAAUUCCGGAAUCUUUGAAACAACAUAUUUGUCACUGCAUGCCCAUGUGUAGCGAUAUCGAAUAUAGAGUGGGUUCCUCGCAGUCAGUGUGGAACUGGACUGAAGAAAUUGAAAGUGGCUUAUAUGCAGUCAACGAUACUGAUAAUGUCAAUUAUCAUCUAUCAAAAGUGAGAGCUUACUUUCUAAGUGGUAAUUUUAUUGGCUCUGAAAGAAAUGAACUCUAUGGUCCUACUGACUUUCUUGCUAAUUUCGGUGGUUUACUAGAACUAUGUUCAUCUCUUACUAACUUCCUUCACACAGAUAUAGAGUUGUUUGAUAUCACAAUCUGCUUAGUUAGGGACUUAAAUCAUAGGUUCUACGAAAAUAGUUUUGCGAGUAGGUGGCCUCUAUUUAAACCAAUACUUCUCUUCUUGAAGUUAUGCAGUCGAGGUCUUUCUGGAUUGCCCAUCGCGACUUCCGCUUUCAGGCUUUUCUUUAGCGAACGCCUCUCGGCUGUCGUCAUCGACGAUGAGUCAUCAUCGCCAUAUAUGCUAGAAAACCCAUAG